AAACUCUCAGUGCAGUUCGAGUCACCAAGUCGUAUCGGAACGGCGGAGUCGGCGUUCGGCAGUCCGCAACGAACCACGGAGUAGAGAGCGCGCAAACGGCCACGUCCUAGCCGCCAGCCGCAACGACGUGGCGUGAUGUCCACAGAAUAAAAAAAUACCGGCCGUGCACCAAUUGAAAAGUGACAGUGCGUCAGUGAGAAGAAUUUGUGCUCGGGAUUUUAUACAGGACUCAUAACCAUCAUCGACUACGACUUCGCCUCCAUUUACAUUUUUUUUUUCAUUUUGCACAACAUUUUCAGAAGUGCAAGAAGUGGGAUGUCGUGACUAUUGAAGCUUAUAUUUUUGGUGGCCUAAAAUAACCAAGAUGGCGAGGCUUCCUUCGUAUACCUAUCUUCUUGCUGCGUCGAUACUUCUAGCGCCCACGCUAGCGGCCGUCUGUCCCGAUAGCUGUGUUUGCAGCACUACACGUGACGGCCUUCAUCGUGUCACCUGCAGCAACCUUCUAGAACUCUACAAAUACACCCUUCGUCAGAAACAUCAUAACAUUAACAUACUUGAUCUAUCACAUAACAAUAUCACCAAAAUUACACACGAAUUGGACAGACUAACUGAAUUGGUCACUUUAGAUCUCUCUACUAAUGGCCUUACGGAAAUAAAUAAGUUUUUGCACAAUACGAAAAAAAUUGUUCACCUGAAUCUUGCGCAUAAUCGAUUACGAAAGAUUUUAUUGCAACAUCUGCCCAUAAGCGUCAGUUCUUUAGAUUUAACCGGAAAUCUAUUAACUGAUGUACCAUCUGAUUUUGGACAUUUGCCUAGUUUGGAACAUCUAGAGCUAGAAGGAAAUCCACUAGACUGUUCAUGCAAUAAUAUAGUUAGCAGAAAUCGAUUAUUGGUAGCGAAUGUGCAUAUCGAUGAUGUAAAAUGUCAUACUCCAGCCCGAUUAAAAGGUCGAUCUUGGCUAGAAUUAAAAACUAAAGAUAUCUGCAAAGUCUCCAAAACGGAUUUCAUGGAUAUGAUGAUGGGAGAUGAUCCGAUGGAUGCUGUUCAAAUAGGCGAAGAAAGUACAGCCUUGAAAUCAAUGCCUUUGGUAGCUAGUAGCGAUUUAGAAGAUGGUAAGAUAGUUCACGGUGCUGAUUUAGGAGAAGAUGAUGAUAGUUUACAAUUCAUGAGAGUAGGGCAUAAGUUAUCAUCUUCAUCGAGUGAAAUAGAGGGAUCGGGCGCAGGUGAAGAUAAAGAGACUAAAAAUCUGGAAUACAACAAUGAUAAAUCUGCUACUCAUAUUAACGAAGAUUUGAUUGAAGGUUCUGGCGAAGGGUCUGGUUUCUCUGGUGCUCUUAAUUUUGAUUUUACAGAUCACACAGAUAGUACCUUGGAUAAAACUAUCGAUGACUUGAAAAACGAAACAGUUAUUAGAAUAUUAAAGUCGGAGGAAUUAUUAUCUGCACAUAAUACCAACGAAAAUGAUGAUUUGAUAGAAGGGUCUGGUGAAGGGUCUGGUGUUGGUGUUGGCAUUGGUGACUACGAUGAUACUCCUGGUUUAGAGACAACUACUGUUGUAGUAGAAGAUUUCAUCCCUGAGCCAGUCAAUAAAAUAUUUACAGAAGAGAUAAACUCCACUGACAUUGACUUUCCUGUACCAAAAACUCCUAAUGUUUUUAAAGGUGGCCCUAAUUGGCAUGAAGAACCAGACCCCGAAAUUGUUACUGUAGUCUCUGUUCCUUCUGAAGUACCAAGAGAUACUACGGUAUCUGAACAAAUACGUGUUACUCAGCCCUCUGAAGUCCUUGGUCAGGCUCCACCCGGAGAAGAAAAUGUUGUCACUCAUAAAACCGGUACAUACGUAUGCAUCGCUUUGAUAAUUGUUCUUCUAGUAGGUUUAAUAGGAUUUGCUAUUACUAAAGGGCAGAUGAGGAAAAGAAGAGAUCGAAGAAUCCUUAGACAACAAAAACGAGACGUAGAAAAGGCUUCUAAAGAGAUGGUAGAUAUGAACAAAUCCUUAUUAGGUAAACCAGCUACAGUCGACAACGCUAAGGAGAGAAAAGUUAAUGGAAAAUAUGAACUUGUACCAACACAUGAGUCAGUUCAGAAAAAAGGAAAUGGUGAUGUUGCCAAUGGUAUAAAACAUGAAGGAGAAAGGACUGACAGUCCUCAUGAUACUAAUCAAAACAAAAGCAGUUCAAUAGAUAAUAAUUUAACUCUUGAUAACCAAAUGCCACAGCAGGAAACGUCGUUUGAUUCAGAACCGGGUAUAACUAAUUCUCGCAAAGACACCAACUCAUUGUCUAGUGAAGAUAUUUUUGUCCCUAUAAAUGAUGAUGAUAAUGCAAGAGCAAGCAGCAACUUAGAUUUAGAUAUAUCUCAACCACUUAUAAACGGAGAUCCUAUUGCUGAUUCGGAUUACUUAUCGCCAUCUCGUGAAUAUGUACCUGUAUAUUCUCCCGAUAUGGGAAGAGUUCGAAUUAAAAUGACAGAAACACCUAAACCGAAAACUCCAGUGCUAGUCACUAGAAGUAGGUCUAAUGCUGGAGAUAUAAUUAUUACACCAACAUUAGAUGGAAAUGCGUCAAAAUCAACUACUUGAAACUUAGUUUUACAGAGCAGAAUAAGAACAAUUAUUUGUGUCUUCAGUGUCACAUAGCAAGCACUUCACUAUUGGCUAAAUUCUGUGAUUAUUCCGUGUAACAUUUUGUGUGAGAAGUGGAAUGCGUAAGGGACUCUAUGAGUUGAAAGAAGUUAUUGACUGUAUUAAGUACUGCCAAAGUGUGUUUGUAGUCGACAGUGCCUUUAUUGUAACUGUGUAGUGGUUUAGAUAUAUUUAUGAGAUAUUGCGCGAUAAAUAGAAAUAUUUUUAUACAUGUAAAAUGUUGCCAUGUUCAUUAUAAUAUAUAGAUGUAAAAAUUGUUUUAAUUAUUAUGAGAAACAAAUUGUUGAAAUUAAGUUGGUAACACAAUUUGUACAAUCUAGCAUUGUAUUCUCUUUCGGUUUCGGUACAAUUCUUGAGUUGUCAAUGGUUGUGUACUUACCUAUUUUAUCCCGAAUAUACUAACGGCAACGUUAAGCAACGAAUGUUUGAGCUGGUUGUAGUCUAUUACCUUAUAAUUUCCUAUUUUGAGAGUACGAAUACAUCUAGAUUCGUCUUUUUUGCGAUCUAAGCAUAAGUUCCUUAUGAAUAAUUUUAUUAAAUUAUUAGUUAUAUAAGAUUGUGAUACCAUUUAUUUUAAGUAACACAUGCUACUAGGGUAACAAUAAUUAUGUAUGCAGGAAAUUUGUUCAUUCAUUGUACAUUUUAUUUUCUAUAGAUAACUUGUUUGAAAAUUAUUUUACCCUUUUUAGUAAGACAUAUUUAAUUGCUGUAUCACUUUGCUUUUGCUGACUUGUUUUAAUUGUUUCAUUUUUAUUUAUCGACAUUUAAUUUUUUUUUAUUUAAACAAACUUUUCACUAUGUUAUAAAAGAUCAAAACAGAGAACAAUAAAGUAUUUCAAUAUAAAGAGAUUUAUAACUGAUGUAAUUUUAUUUUGAAUGAUAUAAACCGUUAAUUGAA